AUGGCAAAGACAUCCGCCAUUGCCACCUCCGAUGCGGCAUGUGCCCGCUGUCGGGAGCGAAAAAUUCGUUGUGGACGUGAAAAAAAUGAAUGCGCAAACUGUGAACGAGAUGGGGUGGAAUGUGACUAUUCGACCCCAGGGAAGCGGGUCAAUCACAUCAAGUUAUUAUGCAACGAUGUCUCGCAAAUCCAAAAUAAGUUGAGCAUCAUUGAAGAGGGGAUGGCUACUAUCCUUUCGAUGGCAAAGCAAGAUCAGCACUCCAAUCCACAUUCACAGCCAUCUUUAGAGAGUGAGCCGGUGAGAGUCGACACCUCCACUAUAAUGGAUCAUGAGAUGGAAGAUGAGAAGGCGAGGGAGGUGGAAGGCUCAAAUGGGCUCAUAGCUCCCAAUCAUCACUAUCAUAAUGACCGAUAUUAUGGACCAGGAACAUUGUUGGCGCUCUGUCAUCGCUUCAAACGAACGCUUCUAGGGUCACCUAGGGAUUCCAUCGAUAAUUCCACCCAACAUGGCCUAGAGCUACACCUGAAUCUCCUGUGUUCAGAAGCAGGAAGUGAGGAGUCAAUAUCAGGCGCGAGACCAACCCAGAUAACAGCCAUGCAAUUGCCACCAAAGCAGCUGUUCAUGGUAGUCCAGUCACAAUUCUUCCAGCACUGCCACUACGCCACCGAUAUAUUUGUCCCAUCGCGAUUUCGGAUGAAAGUUGAACAGCUCUAUGAACGGCCUCUCAUGCCCGGUGACGAGCCCUGGGCCAUUUGCCUGCAUACACUCACUCUCUUGGUGCUCGGCCCAGGGGCGAUAAUGAUGUUGCAACAGCUCUGCACAGGUGCCCCCGGCCUGCUUGCAGUACACGCUGCUGUGACAGAUCCGAGUAUCCUAGUAGCUCCUCAAUUGAUUAACGUUCAGACUUUAACCCUGCUCGGAAAGCUUGCACAACAGUAUUAUCCAUUGCACAUGGCCGAAACUAUCCAUGCCCUGGUUUGUGUGCUAGCAAAGACGAUGGGCCUCCAUCAACUCACCAAUCGGGAACAAGUGAACCUCUCAGCCGAAGAGGUCCAGGAACGAGUCCAAGUCUUCCGUUGUCUAUACAUUCAGGAUAUUGGGUUUGGCCUGUCGAGAGGCUCGACUUGUUGGCUUCGUUCUCCGGGCUGUGUCCCUUUGUGUGACCUGACGCAGGGGGCCAAUGGCGACCCUCGCAUCCAGCUGACACAGAUCCAGGAGAUCUUUCUCUGCACUCUCCAUAAAAAGAAUCCAUCAAGCACACAACUCCAGCAGAUUGUGUCCCAGAACCUUAGGCGUCUUGAUCAAUGGGCGCUGGACCACCGCAUCUUUACCCCCGCCGUGCUAGCUGACUUCACGUCCGUGGAUCUCCGCCAGGGCUUCUUUGCAACUCGCAUUGCCGUCCUCUCGCACCAUUUCGACUGUAAUUACCUUGCAGAUGCCACUGUGGAUGCCAGGGUGGCGUGUGGGAUGUUGCUCCUAGUUUGUGCGGCCUGCACUCCAUGCAAGGUGGAGGAGUUGGCGCCUACUGACGCAUAUCCCGUGGUCGGCGUCGAUCCCAACGACUCAAGCAUCACGGUCUACUCGCAGAUGGGUUUGGCGAGGUUCACAGAUCUUCCCUUUUUGCCCACUCAGAGCCUCGUGGAGCAAUUUCCCAUCGCUGCCUUCUUCCUGUUGGCUACCAGACUGGUAACCGCACAUCCACUCUCUCGCGAGACAGAUCUCGAGCUUCUGCAGAGAGUGUCUGUGUUCUACUCUGAUCUGGGUUCUAGGAGACCUGCCAACAAUCAUAUCCACAAGCUGGGUCGAGUGUUCCGGCUUGUACUCGAUGUCGUCCGCCACCUGUGCCCCUUGGAUGUCCCCUCCGAGAGUCUCAUCUCUGACAGCAGCGAAAGUUCAAGCCAAAGCAACAUUGGAAGCACACAAACGCAGACUACGCCCGAGUCAAGUGCGUACACGUGGGAUUCCAACCCUCUUUAUGGUGCUCCAGAUGGAAUUCUCCCACGACAGCUUUGCGUGCCUUCCCAGGUUGGAUCUGAUGCUACAGUCGGUGUGGCUAUGACAGCAACGGCUUCUCCCUCGCACAUUCCUAGCCUACGGGACCUUCAGCCUGGAGGGACCGUGGCAGUACAUGAUGCGCUCCAACAGCUGGCAUGGAUGCAGGUCCCGGAUGCACAGCGAGAGAACUUUUGGUGGCAGCAAAACUCGUGCGAUUCAGGGCAAUACUAUCAUGAUCUACAUCGGGAUCCCAGGACGAGAAUACUGCACCCACAACAGGUGGACCCAGCUCCAGACAUGGAUCUUGAUUUUUGCGUACCGGAGAUAAACACCUACAGGCGGCCCGGGUAA